AAAAAACUUUCUUUUCUUUUGGUGAAACUGUAUAUGGUUAUGUGUGUUGUUUUGAGGAUUUCAGAAGUUAAUUGCAAAUACAUAACCAGUUUCAUAAUGUUUAGAAUUAAUCACCUCCUGAUGAAUUACAGUAUUGCAUGUGAUUAUAACACAUAUCUGCAUUGUGUGAUGUUUGUAAACAAAAGUGCCAAUAAUAUGAGCAGAUGAAAAGCACUAAAAGCAACCAGUUAUGAAAUAAAUUAUGAUAUAAAAAUGAUUUCCUAAACAACACAUGCAAAAAUCAUGAAACUUCAUAGAGACAUACAACAAAAGACAUACCCAGAGGAGGAGCUGAAUAAUCCCCCCCCACCAAAACCCUGACGUCAAGCUUUAAUCGGGACUCUAGACUCAACAGGACUUCUGACCCCACGACAUGAAGGCCAAACCGGAGAACAGAGCCUGACCACACUGUUCUCUAAGCAAAGCUUUCUCUUUGAAGUGACACCAGUGAUGUCACUGUUGACCUUUAAAUGUGAAAGAAUAAGAAAAAAUAUUGAAUUAUCCAUGUGCAUCUGAUCUGAGAACAGUGUGGCUCUCUGUGACAGAACUGUUUUAUAGGUAAGGGCUUUUCUGAAACCAGUUUCAGGGAUUUUAGCUGAUAAGGAAACUAUUCUAGGCUACAUACAGAGAAAAGAGAGAGAGGCGCCUAUAGGACAGAAAGUGUGCUGUGAUUGGCCACUUUGUGCAUUGAAUAAAUAAAGGACAUACCUGAACUGAACAUCACUGACCACACAGAGUCACUCACAGAUCUCCACCACAGAUCAUCCAAACAGAGUUGAUCAGCAUUAUCAGUCACAAUGUGGAUCCUCCAGAAAGUGCAGGCGGGAGCAGAAAGUCUCCCGGUGCAGAUCAAUCACCUCAUCUGCAAAAAUAAGGAGGAGAUUUCAGCCAAGACCAGCAUCUUCAAUAAACUGCACAGCAACGUCCUCACACCUGAAAAAAUCCCUGAAUUCUUCCUGCCUCCCAAACUGACCAAGCGCUGCCUCAUGGCAGACGCUGAAAAAAUCUCACAGUGUCUGAACGAAGAAAAAAAAGCUUCCAGCUUUGCAAAAACAUCACUGUCAAGACCUGGUACUGCCCAGCCACUCAGAGCGAGUCUAAACAAACCUACAGCGGCUUUAAACAAACUCAAACCCAUCCCAUAUUCACUGAAAUGCUACGAGUCGGGUUUAUUUGAGAGUCCGAACACGCGCCGCAAAGAGUCUUUGUUCCAUUCGGCACUUACCAGUUACACACUAGAGCGAAUGACCAUCAAAACACCCAAACUGUCCUACAGACCAGUGCUGAAGACGGCCAGCACUGAGAGUGACACACCCUCUGCUGACUCCUCCCCUUAUUCAACACCUCCACCAAUCAGAAGAGAGGAUUUCACCAGCGAACUGACCAUCUCUGAAGAGCCGCUGCAGCAAGAUGUUCAUGCCUCUAGAGACGAGCAAAAGAAAGUUCACUCCACUCCAGACAAAAAGCUUGUGUCAAAAGUCCGUCACCGUGCUAAAGUUAUUCAAACAUCCCAUUGCACCAAACUAGCCCCGCCCAUCCAGUUCCCCCUGGACAUGCUGCACUGCCAGGAACGCUUCCAUCAGGAGCACGUGCUUCCUCUUCCUCAGAGAGGCCGGGUGCGCGUCUCUGCCUUCAGGACCAGCGCAGCCCAGUGCUCUACGACAGUUCGCAUCCGCGUGAUCUCUGUGGAAUGCUUGAGAGAGCCCAGCGACCUUCGACCUCUGACCUGCAGCUUGACCCUAAGCCUCACUCCAGGCAAGCUGCAGCGGCAACACAGCGCUAUCAUCAGGAACUGCCGUAACCCCGUGUUCAAUGAAGAUUUCUUCUUCCAGGAGCCCGAGGAGCAGCAGGGCAGUCUGGGAGAUCUGGCUCUCAGACUGAAGGUGCUGGAUAAGGCCUCAGGACUGGGCCGAGGAGUGGUGCUGGGGAUCGUCAUCAAACCUCUCUGUCAGCUACUGCCUCUGUGACGUAAACACAAGGAAAUGAGCUCCAUUUGUAGUUCUGUGUGUGUCAUUUUUUGUGUGCAAGAAACUUGGCAUUCUCUUAAUUGCAACACUUCUGCGCUCUCCUGAAAAACACUGUGCUCCACUGCAAGCUUUGUGUUGCCCCAAGAAACUUUACAUUUGUUUGCAUUGCCUGAGAAACUUCGUGUUCAGUUGCAAAACAUUUGCAUUCUCCAGAGACUCUCACAUAACUUAAACAUAUCACAUAACAUUCACAUAACAUUUACAUUACACAAAAGCAUUCAAAUCUAAUUUUUUUCUCAGAACUUUUCUUUGACUGUCUCCAGUUCUGCUCAGUUUUACCUUUAUUUUUACAAUGCUAGGAAACUACAUGCUAGUUACUUGCUAUUAUGAUUUGAGCUGUUUUACCAUAAUCAAAAUAGAUAUAAUGUCAACAUAAAACUACAUCCAGCCAUAAAGUAAAAAAAAAAAAAAAAAAAAAA